GGGCGGGGCCGCGGCGGCUGCGGCUGCGGCUGCAUUUAAGCGCUGGCAUGCUGGACCAGGGACCGCUUCCCGGGACGCUACAGUUCUCUCCAACGCUCCCGCGAGGCUUCGGACUGGGGCGCUCGCCCUGGAGACAUACACGUUCUUCUCAGAGCCGGUCCCCCAAUUUAAUCACUAAACCUUUCACUUUGCGCGUGCGCCUGGAAGAGACUGGAGAGAUGUACCGACUGUCCAGCUGCCACGGCGACACCACUGUUCGGGAGCUGAAGGAGGAGUUAGAUCUGAUGGCCGGGAUUCCCUUCCACUUCCAGCGCCUCUUGUACCUGGACCAAGGAAUUUUGAUGGAUGAUUCCACAUUAGGGUACCAUGAUGUUGUUCCUGGUGGAAUUGUUUCAUUGUGUAUUUGGCAUCAGGAUGGAUGGCAAGAACUUGUUUUGGCUGCUGUGGAAGGGGACGCUAGUAAGCUAUCUUGUUUAGGUGUUACUGAAGACUCUCUAUACAGAACUCCACAUUCUUUACGUUUGAGAGCAGAAAAAUAUAAAGAAUGGAUAGCUGACAGAGCUUUUGUGGCUCUAUAUAUCACAGCACAUAGAGGCCAUGCUGACGCUGUACGUUUUCUCCUAGAAAAUGGUGCUAAUUGUCUGGCCAAAACACCGGUUGGCAGAACUGCUCUUCAUGUUGCUGCAGCCAUGGGACAUGUUAACUGUAUAAAUCUCCUUCUUGAUUAUGGAGCACUUCUCGCUGAGAAGGAUUUAAAGGGAGAAUCGCCAAUAGAAAUAGCGCGCCGCUUGAAGCGUAAGCGGGCUACCCAUACACUCUACCUGUAUCACGUCAAGUUGAAAAGAGCAAAUCUUGGAGUCUUCAGAUCAAAACCUCGUCACCACCCUUCUGAAAAGGGCAAAAUAUAAAGUCUCAAGUCUCACUCUCAAAA